UGCUGUCUUUACAGGAACAGGCACUCGGAUCCUUCCUUCACUCCUCUUCUGUACUUCACUGCUGCUGCUGUGACAAUAACAAUGGAGAACUGUAGUGUGCCUACAGAGGUACAAACCCUUAACAGUGUUCCCAUUGUCAAUGAUACCCCUGACCUUACUGAGGACCUGAAUAAGCAAUUAGAGGACAUCAUCAAUUUUUAUCAGGCAGCCGAAAAGCCAGCUGAAAAUGAGGAAUUGGAGGAAGAGACAGUCACAGACAUGAAAGAGUCUGGAAAGGCCAAAGACCCAAGGCUAGAAAAGAAAAUGCUGAAAGGCCUUGGGAAGGAGGCUAUGCUUCUUAUGCAAAGCCUGAACAAGCUUGGCACUCCAGAGCAGAAACUAGAAGCCCUUAUAAAGAAGCAUGCAGAGCUGCUGGAGGAAUACCGCUCAGACCAGAAGCAGCUGAAGAUGCUACAGAAGAAACUGCUGCAGGUGAUGAAGGAGAAGGAUCAGCUGCAAAGUGAGCACAGUAGAGCAGUGCUGGCCCGGAGUAAACUUGAGGGGCUUUGCAGAGAGCUGCAGAGACAUAACAAGACACUCAAGGAGGAGACUCUUCAGCGAUGCCGUGAGGAUGACCUGAAGAGGAAGGAGAUCACGACUCACUUUCAGAACACUCUUACAGACAUCCAGGCCCAGAUCGAGGAGCACAGCAACCGCAACAACAAAUUGUGUCAGGAGAACAGUGACCUGGCUGAGAAACUCAAAGGCCUCAUUGCUAAAUAUGACCAGCGAGAAGCGAAUCUAGAGAAAGUGUUCAAGCAUAGAGACCUACAGCAGAAGUUGUUGGAGACCAAACUUGCUCAAGCAAAUGCAGUGCUGAAAGAUGCUGAAGAGAAGCGCAAGCUGGAGAGAGCACAUUUACUGAAGCAAGCUGCUGAAGCCAAAUUACAAGUGACACUUAUGAAAGAGCAAGAAACUGACAUGAAGACCCAGCUUGCUGUGUAUUCUGAGAAGUUUGAUGAAUUUAAAGGAGCUGUGUCAAAGAGCAAUGGGGUUUAUGCCAGCUUCAAACAAGACAUUGAUAAAAUGGCAAAAAAGAUGAAGAAGCUAGAGAAGGAAGCCAGUUCAUGGAAAGCCCGGUUUGAUGGCUGUAAUAAAACUCUUAUUGAAAUGGUUGCAGAUAAAGCAGUGAAAGAGAAAGAGUUUGAGCUUUUCACUUUAAAAACACAAAAACUGGAGAAUCUUUGCAGAGCACUGCAGGAAGAAAGAAGGAGCCUCUAUCAGAAGCUACAGGAAAGCCAACCAACCAGUGUUGCAGAAGACACAGCAACUAAGGUAGCAGAAGAAAUGAAAGGCAUCCACCAGGAAGCAAGGAGCCAUGAAGAAGCAUUUAGUGAGGCCACUGCUGCUGCAACACCUCUAAUUAAAGAGACAGAGAAUCUCAAGGUGGAAAAGUCCAAACCUGAAGAGGUAGCGGCAACAUUUAUAAUAUCUCAUAUCUGUGAGCAGGAAGGUCUCCCUGCAGAAGCUAGUGAGGUUUCAGAACUCUCUAAAAGCUUACAAGUGUCCCAAGAAAGUCCAGAGAACACAACCUGGCUGGAGCUUCACGCUGAAGAAGAGAUUAAUCUGACCACAGAACCUCUGUCUAAUAAAAAUCAAGAGAUUAGAGACAAAGAAAUGGAGGCUGUUGACUAAAAAAAUUAUUAAAAGAAAAACUUUUUAUUACACACUAAAGAAGCUGCCAUAAUUCAACAAUAAACAUGUUGCCCAAGUGACUGCAA